AUGGCUCCCGAGCCAGAUAGCAGCGUCAACGCACCACCAACCCCAGAAGCUAGUAAUAUAUCUGGAGCUGGCACGAACACAAACACGACCGAUGCUGCUCCCAAGCAAACCAAUGGUGAGAGCACUCCGCCCAAGUCUGUGGAUGCGAACGACCAGCCCGAGAAGAAUAAGUCUCCUGAAGCGGCUGGAUCUUCUAAGGAACACAAACCUGCUGAAGAAGCCAAGUCUGGUGGGCAUGCCUCCAUCUCGCAACACGAUGGACUCAAAGAGUCAACCGCGGAGAAUGGCAUCGCGCAACCUAGUGCAGGCGAUAAACGAGAGCAUGACCCGACUUCUACCACCCCCAACGCGGCUAAGGCUAAUGUUGAGAACUCGGCGGAACCUACAAACAAAAAGCGGAGGACUACUGGAACGCGGACUCGAGAUGGCAAUACUACAGCCCCUGCUACGAAUGGGGGGAAACCAAAGGCAAGUCGUUCUAAAAAGACGAAGGAUGAUGUGAAGAAGGUGAUUCCUACGGAUGGUAUUGGUAGUCGAACACGCAGCCGGACUAAGGCAAUUUCCUAA